AUGAUGACAGGUUUCAAGGAAGUCGCGGCUUCACAUCAUCAUCAUGAAACUAACGGGAAAACGUUGUUACAAUGGUUUACUCUGGUACAUGGGUGCAGCUACAUCACCGAGUUUCUGAGUCUGACUGGGGUACAUGACUGGAUCAAUCUGAACGAAGCUAGCCCAAGCAGGUCCAUGUACAGGAUUCUACGGCAAGCUAGACCUACAAAUUCGAUUAGGCUAAAUCAGUCUAAUCCUUGCCGGCAACCAACAGUUUGCUCUCGCCUGUGUGCCGUCUGGCAGGAGCUGGGGCUGGAGCUGCACCAGUCUCCUCGCCUUGGACGGCCCCUGAUGCCGUGCUCCUGCAGUGUGCCCACCGUGAGCAUCCAACGGCGCCGUGUCCAACUUUCUCCGGCUGCCGUCCGGGGAGCCUGCAGCUGGAGCGCGCGGAUAUCGGCCGGGGGUCGACUGCGUGGGACGGCACACGCUAGAGGGUGCUUGCACGACCGUGGCCGCCAUUUUUUCUGUUUCAACUAA